AUGAAGUGCUCAUUGUAUUUCUUCAUUUUGUGUGUGUGGAUAUUCAAAAUGGAAGGAGUUUUGUGUGUGGAUUCCCAUUUUUCUUCAGAAAUUGAUCGAUACUUGGAAGAAAAAUCCCAAUUUCUUCGAUUCACGUUGUCCCAAAGCAAACAUUUCCUAUCUAAAAGACAUUACUUGGAAUCAAAUGAUAUCACCAUUGAAAGAGAAACGAGUACAACACUGGAAGAAAGGAACGUAGAUGUGAACUUUUUCACAUUUUUUAAUACAACGUAUCUCCGUAUGGGAAAAAGUAUUUUUAAAAUGAUCUAUAGCAACAAGACUGUGGCUUUGACAAAAAUUGGAAAUAAAUUCAGAAAAUUUCCUGAUGGAAAAAAAGCAUUGUUUACCAAGGCUAUAGAAUUCGACGGUAGAGGCAUGAUUCUGACACGAUUUGAAGUGGGAGAGGCCCACAUGUACGGUCUCGUUGAAGAUGAUCCCUUUUUCAUCCAAACCCUCCUUGUCCCGCAUUCCAGGGAUGCAGGUUUCUUCGUCCACAAUGGAGAUUUGUAUUUGAUCGUGGUCAACAAUAAGGGCGACAACUUGGCAGCCACCUCGUUAUAUAAGUGGCUGGGAAGUCAUUUCGAUGAAAUUCAAACAGUAUUUACGACUGGAGCAAUAAAAGUUACAACUUUCAGUAGUCAAACAUCAGAAAUUAUAAUAAUUUUACGACAACUCCCGAACAGAGCAGUAUUUUCAGAGGUUUAUGAGUUUCAAGAAGAGGAAAUGAAAAAAAUACAAAUUUUAGAAACUGAGCAUCCUGUUAAUCUAGAUACGUAUUCUAGCAAGAACAAAACCCAUGUUAUCAUCUACGAACGGUCUAAAAACAAUGCUAUAUAUCAGUGGAAUGGUUUUCGAUUGACUAACGUGAAUACAAUAGAAACACAAACUGAAGUUAUCUUGUCAGGAAUAUCUACAAUCAAUAAUAAAUCUCUGCUGAUGAUUUCUUCCAAUGAUACCCUGAGUGUAUAUUCACUCUCUGCCAACAAAUUAACGAUGGGAUCCGAAAAAUGGAAUUCCUCAGAACUCACAAGAAUUUUAGAUCUGCAUAACCAUGUCGAUGGAAGCGAAGUUCUGAGUUUCAUAGCAGGGUCAAAUCAGGACGAUAACGUGACCAUAAGUGUAGUGCAUACAACAGCAAACUUCAGUGAAACAGAAACUAGUGGGAAUGAGGGUGAGCAACUUAGAGAAUGUUUCAAUAAUUUGGAACGAAAUGUAUAUGCCAGGAGAAAAACACUGAAAGAUGCUAGAUCUAAAUUGAAGAACUUUGAAGAGUUAGAUUCUGCAAAGUUAGAGAACAACUCCAGUGUAGUUCUGGGUGAGAGUUCAACACUGGAUUCGGAAGCAGAAGUCAAAAUCAGUGAACUGAGUACUAGAUUGGAUCUCGUGAAUUCUUUGUUGGACUCGUACUCUAUGCCUAAUGGAAGCAACAUCGUUGUGAAUGGAAGUCUGAUCCUGAAAGGAAAAAUACGAUGCAGCAAAAUGGACGCCAGAAAUGUGGUUAUCAAAUCGCUGAAUUCUCAUGAGUUCACUCCUGAACAAUGGCUGAAAUAUGAUGAACCUCAAACGAUAACUGGCCCAGUGAAAUUGAAACAUGUAGUGACUAAUCACUUGGAUGUUUCUCCCGAAUACUCGUUGGUUAAAGAUAUGGUUCUUCAGUCUGAGGGUAAGCUAGUUUUUACUGAAAAAACCCGAAUAGGAGUUUUGACUGCUGAGAAAAUGUAUUCAGAAAAAAUAAAUGGCAUCCUUGUGAAUGACAUAUAUCUUCGGAGUUCUGGAGAGCCCAUCAAAGGAGUCAAAACUUUCGAGAAUCUGAAAGCAGAUGAAGUUAAAGUGAAGUUACUCAAUGGGGAGCAGCCUGAUGAAAUCCUAUCAAUUUUGUCUAAAAAUAAAUUGACUGAUCUCAACUUUGAUUCCAACGUCACGAUCAACAACCUACAGGUGAAAACUAUCAAUGAUAUCAACUGGAAUGAAUUCAAAGAUUCGGUAUUCAGAAUUGGGACUGACUCUACAUUGACAGGUCCAUUGCAUUUCUCCAAAAUCAAAACUGAACAUUUGAAUGUCGAAAAACUGAAUGAAGAGGCUGUGGAAGAUUUUCUUACCAAAUCUACCGACCAAACGAUACAUUCAGAUAUUAUCUUCAAUAGGAUAUUCGCAGGAAAUAUCAGUGCACAAUCUGUGAAUGGUAUCAAAUUAUCCGAAUCAGCAGUAUGGUUUGGAAAAAACGACAGUAUUGGACCGAUUACUAUCGAUAAGUUGAAUGUAGAAAAUGACUUGGAAAUAUCCGGGAAGGUGGAUGACUUCUUAAUCCUGAAGGAUGGUAAUCGCAUCUUGGGAACAAACGAAUCAGACUUACUCCAGCAGUACGAGGGAACCGUCAGAAUAAAAGGGAAUCUGUAUUUGAGAAACCUCACUUUACAGCCUAAUGCUAAGCUUUAUCUUUCCGGAAAUGAAGUAGAACCUGAUAUUCAGAAUAUUUAUUGGUCGAAAAGCACUAAUCAGGAAAUUCCAACCCAUGUCACAGUCCAAGGAUUGAACGUCCCUCACGUCUUAACGAACGUUCUGAAUGGUGUCAAGUUUUCCCAGUACAUGAUCAACUCCGACACAGACACACUGGAAACUGAUUACCAUUUCGAUAAAGUUAUUGUUAACGGAAAUGUGUUAUUGCACAACAAUGCAGUGCACCAACCAGAUCUGGAUAAACUGGUUAAAGAAGCUGUCAAAACCAAGGGAAGUUUCAUGAUAAAUGGACAGAAAACAUAUGUAGACACUCUAAGGGCAGAAAAUCUAGUUACAUCGAAGUUGGAAGGAAUAAAUACAUUAGAUGUCCUAAACACAAGAUGGCCAAGUAACGUUACAGGGACCAAAACAUUCAAGAAUGUUAUUGUGGAAGGAAAUGUUAAUUCCAAAAUUGAUCAUGUCGAUAUUCUUAACAAUGUCAACGUUGAUGAUUUCAAGAAUGAGAUCAUUUAUAUUGAUCAGGAGCAACAUUUGAAUAAGAUGGAUUUCGAACAUCUCAAUGUAACCAAUUUACAUGUUCAGAAGCUGAAUGGGCAUCAAAUAGAAGAUUAUUUGGAUACUAUGAACAAAUUACAAUCUUUAAAUAAAUUGGAGAGUUUAGUUGUGAAUGGCAAUAUAACAAUACAAAAUAUCUUCAACGUUUCGAGAAUAAACGAUAUUCCUGUGGAAGAUAUAUUGAAUAAAGCGCCUACAAUAGGGGAACACGGGGUCAUCGAAAGUGACGUACGAUUUUCUGGAAAAGUGAAAGUUGGUAACUUGGUCACAUUGUUCGUCAAUAACCAGAACAUGAGGAGCCUCACAAGACGACUUCUACUGAGGAACCUCAACCAAACAAUAACCGCUCCCUAUAGUUUUGAAAAUAUCAAAGCUGGUAACCUGAUCACUCCAAGAAUAAAUGACAAAACAGUCACGAACCUAAUCGACGUUUCUACGAAGCGACCACAAGAAAUCACUGUGCCCGGUGGGGUGGCUUUCAGAUCGGAAAUAUCCAUGAGAACUUUGAUAGCAGACAAGAUGACUCCCUGCCAUAUCAAAUCGAUAGCUGAGGAAUUGCAUGAUCCAUCUCCGAAAGAGUGGUCGAGUGUCAAGAUAAGGGGAAAUGUGACACUUCUGGACGACCAGAAUGUCUUGUUCAGGAUCUUCGAAAAAGCUGUGAGAAUGAGCACCAACAACAUCAUAGAUGCACAAGUGAAAUUUAUCGGUGAUGUUUCUGCCAAACAAAUAAACGCAGACAAGCAUGUAAAUGAUAUAAAUCUCUUGGACAUAAUUGAAGAUGCUGUAUUCACUGAAUCUGAAAACGAACAGAUCAUUACUGGACGAAAAUGGUUUGCAUCUCUAGAAGCCAAAGAAGCAGUUGUGAUGAAAAAUGCCGAUAUACAAGUAAUCAAUGGUGAAGAUAUACAAUCUCUUAAUGAUGAUAUUGUUGACAAAAAUUCAAUCGGCGAAACUGUCAUCAGAGGAGAGAAGAUUUUCUUCGGUGGUCUACAAACUAACAGAUUGAACACGAAAACUAUCGACCUCGAAAACAUUGUCAACUUGGACAAUCCAAAGAAGGUUCCUUCCGCCAUAUUCGAUUAUCUGGACGUCAGUAACGAUCUCAACAUAUCCUUCGUCAACAACAUCGAUUUCAGAAACACUCUGUCGAAUCGGCUUCUAUGCAAAUCCGAUCACGACCAAUCGGCUAAUGGUAUCUACUACUUCGAAGAUGUCUAUGUGAAAGAUUUGACCACUCCUUCUAUAAAUGACAUAAAGAUCGAUGAUGUCGUGUUCGAUGAAGGCAUUCAGAAUAUCACUGGCCCGAAACGGUUUUCUGAAAAAGUACAUGUUUUCGGAGAUAUCAGUGUCGAACUAAUCAAUGGCAUUUCAAUACGAGAAGAGUACAAUAAAAGUAUAUUGCUGGGAAAACCUGCCAAUAUUAACGGAAGUAUUGUUGUUAUGCGACCUUCUCGUAUUAACGGAAAUAUCGAGACUGAAUCAAUCAACGGAAUUCGGGUAUCCAGUAUAAAAGAAAUUUUGGAAAAAACUGAUACCGAAGCAGAGAGUCAGGAAAUAUAUUAUUACAAGGAUCGAAUCAUCGACAACAUUCGUCGGAAUAUUCCCAUUUCCCAAGGCCUCCCUCAAGAAUAUAUGUACCUGGAAAAAUCCGACGACCUUCAAAUCUCUGUCCCCGACACACUCAGCGCCUCCGUCGUCACCUCCAAAGGCUACGUCCUCCUCCACGUGACUGGAAAAGAACCCUCGGGCGAGUACUGCGGGUUGCCUCGAUAUUGCGAAUGUCCUCUACAGUACGCCCUGGAAAUAUCCCCUGAGCGCUCGAUAACCGCCUUCCCAGAUAAAGGAUCCCAGAGGAUAUUCAGCUACGAUGACGAAAAAAUGAUCGUGCAUUUUAUCACUAACAGUGUCAGUACCAGCGCCAACUGCAGCACUGACAAGUCCAAACUGAUGAAUGAAGUAUCAAUGAUGACAUGGAACACAUUGUCAACUGUCAACGUUACUGGGCAGUUCUAUCAAUACCCGAAAUUUUUCCCGGGGUACAUCAGCAAAGUCGUAUAUUUCACACUGGACGAUAUAACCUACGCCUUAGUCGGGAGGUAUUAUGAUCCCGUCCUAGGCAGCAAUGAUUUGGAUUGCACAGUGAUAAGGUUCGAUGAAAAAAGAAUGAAUGCAACUGAAACACAAAAAAUCCUCACCAGAGGAGUGAACGAGUUACACGUAUUUCACACAGCUCAAGGGGUUGUGUUGGUGAUAGGAAAUUCGAUUGGUCCGCAAAACGAAGAUGCAGAUGGAGAAACUCAAAUACACAGAUUCAACCAACUUACUGGACAGUUUGAGUUGCUGAGAAUUAUACCGUCGUUUGCUUGUUCCAAAGCUACUGGCGUCGUUUUGGGUACGGAUAGCUUUAUAGCCAUGGCUCAUAAAAUCGCCCCAGUUCAAGUACUGAGGUAUAUUCCCGAAUAUGACAAUUAUUUCUUCUAUCAGAGCUUUGAGUUGGAAGAACCCGUAAUUGGAGUCUCCUCUUUUUAUACCGGAGGUUAUGGAGUGAGUGACGCUUAUUUGGCCAUUAUCACAGGAACCGACAAGUACUUCAUCUAUUCAUUCGAGUUCCUGGAAGGAUGGAAGCUGAUUUCGAGCGGAGAACUGGAGGGCGUGAGGAAUUUCAUUCCCUUCGAAAUGGAGAAGCAGAGCUACCUUUUUGCACCUUCUUCCAAGACAAGUUCCUUAUUGACAGUUGUGAAAAGCGGAUUUAACUGA